CUUCCCGCUUAGAGGUAGUAUCGUUUUCACAGAAAGCAGGGAAGCCGGGGAGGGUUCGGGAGCUCUGGUGUGUUUGAAGGUUCUGGAAGCGCGAGGAUGAGUCAGUGGUGUAAACUGCAACAACUGGAUUCUAAAUUCUUGGAGCAUGUGCAUCAGCUCUAUGAUGAUAAUUUUCCUAUGGAGAUCAGGCAAUACCUGGCACAGUGGCUGGAAAGCCAAGACUGGGACCACGCUGCCAGUGAUGUUUCCAUGGCCACGUUUCUCUUCCAGAAUCUCCUGUCACAGCUAGAUGAUCAGUAUAGCCGCUUUACCCAGGAGAACAAUUUUUUAUUGCAGCACAACAUCAGGAAGAGUAAACGAAACCUGCAUAAUACUUUUGUGGAAGACCCCAUGUAUAUGGCCAUGAUGAUCUCUAAGUGUCUACAAGAAGAAAGGAAAAUCCUUAAAGCUGCACAGUCUACAGAUCAGAUGCAAAUGGACAGUGUACAGAAUACUGCAGUGCUGAGCAAGGUGAAAGAGAUGGAUGCAAAAGUCAAAGCCGUGAAGGACAGUGUCAUAGAAAUAGAGCAAAUUAUUAAAAAUCUGGAGGAUGCACAAGAUGAAUACGAUUUCAAAUGCAAAACCUUUCAAGUCAGAGAAGGUGAAACCAACAGCAUGACCCAGGAUGACUGUAAAAAGGAAAAAGUGCAGCUCCACACCAUGUAUUUGCAGCUUCACAAUAUGAGACAGGAUGUGCUUCGCUUGAUAUCCUCUUCAUUGCAUCUGAGUGAGCACACGCAGAAUGCUCUGAUAAGAGAAGAGCUGGUUGACUGGAAGCAGCGUCAACAGAUCGCUUGUAUUGGCGGCCCACCCAACGCAUGCCUAGAUCAGCUUCAAAACUGGUUUACUACAGUAGCUGAGAGUCUUCAGCAGAUUCUUCAGCAGCUUAAAAAACUGGAGGAGUUGGAGCAGAAAUUCACCUAUGGCACUGAUCCCAUAACUCAACAGAAGAAAGGGCUGUAUGAACGGACAUUGAGCCUCUUUAAGCAACUUAUUCAAAGCUCCUUUGUCGUAGAAAGGCAGCCUUGCAUGCCUACGCAUCCUCAGAGGCCAUUGGUUUUGAAGACUGGAGUCCAAUUUACAGUAAAGUUGAGAUUGCUGGUGAAACUACAAGAGCUGAAUUACAAAUUGAAAGUGCAAGUUCAGUUUGAUAAAGACGUCAGCGAGAGGGUCACAGUGAAAGGAUUUAGAAAAUUUAACAUCUUGGGAACAAAUACCAAAGUAAUGAACAUGGAAGAAUCAAAUGGGAGCCUAUCAGCAGAAUUUAGACACCUGCAAUUAAAAGAGCAGAAGAAUGUUGCAAGAACUAAUGAGGGCCCUCUCAUUGUAACUGAAGAACUCCAUUCCCUCUGUUUUGAGACAACACUGGAACAGAAUGGCCUUAUAAUUGAAUUGGAAACCACUUCCCUUCCUAUUGUUGUGAUUUCAAAUGUCAGCCAAUUGCCAAGCGGAUGGGCUUCCAUUUUGUGGUACAAUAUGCUGAGUAAUGAACCCAAGAAUUUGUCCUUCUUUCUUAAUCCACCUUGUGCAAGAUGGUCACAGCUUUCUGACGUGCUGAGCUGGCAGUUUUCUUCUGUCACAAAAAGGGGACUCAGCACAGAUCAGCUGAACAUGAUUGGGGAGAAGUUGCUUCCAAAUGGAUGUACUCCAGAUGGCCUUAUUUCAUGGGCAAGAUUCUGCAAGGAGAACAUAAAUGAUAAAAACUUUCCCUUCUGGCUGUGGGUUGAAGGGAUCCUUGAACUGAUUAAGAAACACUUGCUCUUCCUCUGGAAUGACGGGUACAUCAUGGGUUUUGUCAGCAAAGAGCAAGAGCGCAUCCUGCUUAAGGAUAAGGAGAGUGGUACAUUCCUUUUGAGGUUCAGUGAAAGUAGUCGAGAUGGAGCGAUCACUUUCACCUGGGUGGAAGGGCCAGCGAAUGAUCCAUCCUUUCACUCUGUGGAGCCCUAUACGAGAAAGGAACUCACUGCAGUCAGCCUUCCGGAUAUCAUUCGCAAUUACAAAGUGAUGGCGGCAGAGAAUAUUCCAGAGAACCCACUGCAGUUCCUGUAUCCACACAUUCCCAAAGACAAUGCAUUCGGAAAAUACUACUCCAGACACAAAGAGCCUUCGGAACCCAUGGAUGUGGAUGGCAGAGGCAAAGGAUACAUCAAAACUGAGCUAAUUUCUGUAUCCGAAGUCCACCCUUCCAGACUGCCUGGCCCUGAGACCCUUUUGCCUAUGUCUCCAGAAGAAUUUGAUGUAGUAUCGCAAGAGAUAACUCCUGCAGAAAUUAUGAUGUGCACAGAAUAUACGCCAUGAACGCUGGCUAGGCCAGCUCACAUAAAGACUUGGUGUGUCCUUACCUGCAGCAUCUAGAACCCAUAGGAGCCUCAGCACCUGGUUCCUUAAGAGGUUUUAUAUCUUGUAGUGUUUGGUUACUGUGUUAUGUACCCUGGUUUACUGAAAGAGCAGCUUGAAACUUGGGAAAUGCUUACUUGCUACUAAAAAUAGUUGUUUAUCUAGCAGUACUGUACGUAACUCUUUCCAUACUACCACGUUGAGUAUUAUUUCAAGCUUUAUGUAUAAGGUUGUAUAGUGAUUCAGCUGAAGGUCUAGGAUUAUCUUUUCACCUUAGUGUAGAUGCUUGAUGGUUAUUGCUGCCACACCACUGAACUUCCAGGGGUUGCCUCUCCUGAGGUCCUCCCCUAUGAGUAAGUUCCCGCAACCUACAUUGCCCUUCUGACAAAUAAAAGGUAAAAAUAAUUUCUAUAAUGCAAUUUCCUGGUCUUGUAACGUGAAAGCUUGUGACUAGUGAUUUCAACCUCCUUCUGCCCCCCCCCCCCGCCCCUUUUUGGGAGAUAGAUUUUACUGCUUGAGAGGUUGAUCUAAGUUACAUUUCCUCUUUAAGAUAACUCAAAUACUGUGAUGAAUCCCAGUUUACAAAAGUACAUGCAGUUCUCUUGGCAGAUCAUAGAAGGGUCCUUGUCCAGUAGUGAUCUUGAGAGAAAGACUGCUGUCAAGCUAUCUGUCAGCUCCGAAUAAAUGAUUAAAGACAAAAAUAAAAUAAAUCUUGAACUUAGUCUGAAAUUACAGAGAAUGUCCUACACGUGCAGAGAAUAGGGAUAAGAAAAUAAGGUUUCUCACAUGCACGAAAGAAAUUAGAAUUUAACGCAACGUCUAAUUAGAGCAAUUAUCUGUCCCUUAGAGAUAACCUGAAUCCUGUAGCAAAGUCCUUUGCUGCUUUGUCACUGGACCUCUCUGGCUUCUUCAGAUAAUUUCAGCCAUUUAUCAAACUUAUCAGAUGGUAUGCUUAACCUAUUUUUCCUAGCCUAGGCAUCCCACCCAACAACCCCUUCCUAUCUUGCUGCUGUUCCAGAAAUUGGCAAAGGCAAUCAGGGUAAGCACCACUGGGUGUGUAAUUUUCAACCAUGUAUAAUGUCUUUCUUACUGAGGGGGGAAUGUUCUUCCCACAAGUGUCAUCAGAAUGCUAGGGAAUUGACAAUGCUUCAGAAUGGGGAGUGUUUUGUCUCAUGUUGCCAGUAAUGACCAUGGCUAUUGUAAGUGAUUAGUAAAGUCCAUUUAUUGCAAUCUUCUAUGGACAUUUUUCAUGCUGUCCCCACUUACAGCACUGCAGUGCGCAUUGCCCACUUCCGUAUUUACAAAAUGCUUCUUAAAAAAAAAAACAUUGCCCCCUUGUAUAUGAAGAACAGAAGAGUAGACUCAACUAAGUUUUAGGGCAAUGGCACCAUGAAGGGCAAGCAUUCACUCACAAUAUGCUUCCGUGGAAAGUGCACCAGAAUGCAGAAUGGACGUGAAAAGAACAAUCCAAGCUUACUACCAUUUUAUUUAUUUAUUUAUUUAUUGAUUGAUUGGCCUGUCUGUUAUUUUCAAAAUGCAACGCAUUUGGAUUUGUAAUCCUGAAAAUAAAUCUUCAGAAUGGUUA